AUGGGCCCCUGUACCGCCUCCUCAUGCUGCUGCCAGGCCCCUAAUCUGCCAUGGGCCCCUGUACCGCCUCCUCAUGCUGCUGCCAGGCCCCUAAUCUGCCAUGGGCCCCUGUACCGCCUCCUCAUGCUGCUGCCAGGUCCAGAGUCUCUCAUGGGUCCCUGUACGGCCUCCCAUUGCUGCUGUCUCCAUCGCCACACUCUGCCAUGUGCCACUUUCAGGUCUCCUCACACACUGCUGGUGUGUUCAAUUUUUUGACAUAGGGUGCUGGCAGAUUACGGCCUCCCAUAGCUGCUGCCAGGCCCCUAAUCUGCCAUGGGCCCCUGUACCGCCUCCUCAUGCUGCUGCCAGGUCCACAGUCUCUCAUGGGUCCCUGUACGGCCUCCCAUUGCUGCUGUCUCCAUCGCCACACUCUGCCAUGUGCCACUUUCAGGUCUCCUCACACUGCUGGUGUGUUCCAUUUUUUGUCAUAGGGUGC